AUGGAUAAGAAAGCAACUAAAUCAACAACAGCAACAACAACCAAGGGUAAAGUUGCGACUUCAAAGAAACAACCAGUUGAAAGUAUCGUUGCUAAACCAACUGCAUCAGUCAAGAAAGUUGCAACCACAACAGAGAACAAACAACAACAACCAGUAGCAAACAAAACUAAUGGUGCAGAAAAGAAGAAUAAUAACAAGAAAGUUGAAACUGUUGUUGCUCAACCAACUGCAGUGCCAGUAAAGAAAGUAGUAGAAUCAAAUACUGCUGCUGCUGAUGCUUCUGGUAAAUCAUUGGGAAAGAGAAAGGAUACUCAAUCAAAGCCAAAGGCUGUUAUCCAAGAGGAGAAAGAAGACAAAGAGAAUACCUUUAAUUUCACUAAGGAAAUAGAGGAGGAAGAAGAGGAAGAUCAAGUUGCUCCAGAGCAAGAGAGUGGAGACGAAGAUGAUUUGGCUGAUUUCGAUAGUGAUGCCGAAGACGACGACGAAGAUAAGGAAUUGGAUGAUGAAUAUAAAAAGUUGUUAGAGUUUAAAAAGGCUUUGGCCAACGUAGAAGAUGGAGAUGACGAAGACGACGAUGACGAAGAUUCAGAUGAUGAUUCAGAGGAAGGAUUGAUGUCUUUGGAAUCAGACGAUCUCGAAUCCGAUGAGGAAGACGACAUUGAAAGUGACGGUGUCUCCACCACAACCAACGGUACAGCCACCUCGAAAACAGACGCAUCAUCAGAGGACGAAUACAACGACGAUCCAAAUCAAUUCUAUGAAACAGAUGAUUCUGAGGAAGACGAAAGUGUUGUAAAUAGAGUUGGUAAUAUUCCAAUGCAUUGGUAUGACGAUGAAGAUCACAUUGGUUAUGAUGUCAAUGGUAAUAAGAUUAUGAAGGGUGAGAAGAGGGACGCUCUCGAUAAAUUCUUGGAUCAAGCCGAUCCAAAGUUCUGGAGAACUGUAUACGAUAAAGUCAAUGAUAAGAAGGUCGAGUUGACCGACGAGGAUCUCGAACUCAUCAAGAGUAUCAGACAACGUCGUUUCCCAGGUGGUUACAAUCCCUACGAAGAUUGGUACGAUCCAGGUCCCAACCCAGACAGCAUCCAUCCUCUCUCGAAUGCACCGACUCCCAAGCGUUCGUUCCUUCCACACAAGGCUGACGAGCUGAGAGAGGUGCGUCGUCUCGCCAUUGCAAUUCGUGCCGGUUGGAUCAAACUCGAUGACACCAAGGAGGAGAAGGAAAGCAAGGCAAACUACGAUCUCUGGGCACCCAAGUCAGAGGCGGAGCGUCAGGAAGACGAACUUUUGGAGCGUACCGAAAAGAGAAUCUCUCGUAUUCCUGCACCAAAGCAAAAGCUGCCUGGUCAUGUCGAGUCGUUCAAUCCACCCGAGGAGUAUUUGCUCACUCAGAACGAGUUGAAGGCAUGGCAUUUGAUGGAUCCAUCGCGUCGUCCACACAACUUUGUGCCACAAAAGUACGAACACAUGCGUCGUAUCCCAACCUAUAACAAUAUUAUCAAGGAGCGUUUCGAGCGUUGUUUGGAUCUCUAUCUUUGUCCACGUAAGCAGCGUUUAAAGAAGCUCGACAAGGACGGUACCCAUUUGCUACCGAAACUUCCAAAACCACAAGAUCUCAGACCAUUCCCAUCCUACGAGGAGUUGCAAUACAAGGGACACACCAGUCGUGUACGUUCCAUCUCUGUUUCACCAAGCGGACAAUGGUUGGCAUCUGGAUCGGACGACGGUACCAUUAAAAUCUGGGAAGUUUCAACCACUCGUUGUGUUCAAACUUACAAUGUUGAACAUACCGUAUUCUGUGUACAAUGGAAUCCAAAUAAGAAUUUAAAUAUUUUAGCUGCAUCAUAUGAUACUAAAAUUAUUAUUAUUACACCAAAACUUUAUGGUGAAGAACCAAAUCCAGAAUUGGAAUCAAUUUUCGCAAAAUCAUCAAAUGAUGGACAAUCAGGUGCAACCAAAUGGUAUUUGUUAAACAAAGAGAAUGGAAUUAGAAUUGAAAUCGAAAAUGAAUUUAAAGUUAAAACUAUUAAUUGGCAUCAUAAAGGUGAAUACUUUAGUACAGUGGCAUCUGAGGAUCAAGCUAAAGCAGUAAAGAUUCAUCAUUUAAGCAAGAGAAAAACACAAGCACCAUUCAAGAAAUCAAAAUCCGCCUAUCAAGUAUCAAAGUUCCAUCCAUCGAAACCAAUCUUUUUCUUGGCCGACCAAAAUGUAAUUCGUGUCUACGACUUGAUGAAGCAAAAGCUCAUCAAGAAGGUCAUGACAGGAAGUCGUUAUAUCUCAUCGAUCGAUGUCCAUCCAAGUGGUGACCAUUUGAUUCUCGGUGGUUACGACAAGCGUGUAUCUUGGUUCGAUCUCGACAUGUCACAACCAUACAAGGUUAUGCGUUAUCACAAGGAGGCUGUCCGUCGUGUAGUCUACCAUCCAUCGCUACCACUGUUUGCUUCGUGUUCCGACGAUCUUUCGAUCCACGUGUUCCACGGUAUGACCUACGACGACUACAUUCAGAAUGCCUUGAUCGUGCCACUGAAGAUUCUUCGUCGUCACAGAUCUGAUGAUGGUCUUGGUGUUUUGGACAUUGUUUUCCACCCAACUCAACCUUGGAUUUUCAGUGCCGGUGCUGAUUCAACCAUUAGAUUAUUCAAUUAA